GGCCGGUAUAUAAGGGGCUGGAGCCAAGUUUGAUCCAUUGUGUGGCCAGCAAUCCCCAAUACACUACUUUGAUCCAUUACACUCAAGUUUACCUGCUGAAGCAAAAAAUGUCUUUGAGGUGGUCAACAGUGUUAGUGCGUCGAGUGGCAGUGCCUCUGCUGCAAACCUCACGUGCCAUCCACACCAGAGGAAAAUCCACCGUGGUACCAGCAGCAUUGCGGUCUGAUGUUGCGCCAACUCCAGUUAUUACCUCUGUGCUGCCUGCUCACCAUCUCACCACCAAAGUUAUUUUUGACACCCAUACCACAGCUGACUUCAAGUACAUCUGGCUACGUGACAAUUGCCAGUGCGCCACGUGUGUGGAUCCCACCACCAAACAGAAGUUGGUGGACUCUCCAGUUCUAAAUCUGAAUAUCAAGCCACGUUCUCUCACCAUUAAUAAUGCAGGCAAACUGGAGAUCACGUGGUCUGAGGAAGGAGAACUUCACAAAUCUGAAUAUGACCCAGCAUGGCUGUUCAAGUAUGGCCAGUCCUUCAUGCAUAACAAUUUUGCCAGCGACAAUAUUGACGUUGAACUACUGACUCGAAGACCAGAAUUUGAGUUGUGGGAUCGGACAACUAUUUGGUCCAAGUUCCCUGAGAUGUCAUAUAAUGAGAUGAUGGAGAGUGAGAGUGGACUUAAACAGUGGCUGGAUCUAUUCUACAAGUAUGGUGUGGCAGUUCUGCGUGGAGUGCCAAUUAAAAAAGAUGCAAUUGUUGACGUGGUUAAGCGAUUUGCCUAUGUGAAGGAGACCCAGUACGGCCAUACUUUUGACGUUAUCAACAAGCCAGUUAAAGGUUCCCACCUGGCAUACACUGGGGUUGCCCUGGCUCACCACACGGACAUGAACUACAGGGAGAAAAGCCCUGGUAUGCAGCUGCUUCACUGUCUCAAGGCCAACGAUCCAAAUAAUUCUGACUCUGACCCUGGUGGUCGUUCUUUCUUCGCUGAUGGAUUCCAAAUUGCUAGAUGGGUGGAGGAGAAUGAACCUGCAGCAUAUCAUGUCCUCACCUCCACACCAAUCAGAUUUUCCAUCAUGAAUGAAGGUCGUCAGUAUUCAGCACUGUGGCCCAUCCUGUGCACAAACCGUGAAGGGGACGUAACAGAGGUCCAUUACAACAACCGGACAAUGAAGCCCCUUCAGGCACCCACACAUGUUGUCACACCAUUCUACCAUGCAUACAAGUUGUUCUCAGACAAGCUGCGUGACCCAGCAUCAUGUCUGGAGUUUAACAUGGUUCCAGGUGAUCUUGUGGCCUUCAACAAUCGACGAGUUCUUCAUGGUCGAACUGCUUUUGAUGCCACCAAGGUUGACAGGCAUCUACAAGGUUGUUAUGUCGAUAUUGAUGAAGCUUUCUCCAAAUACGACAGCUUGCGGGCUAAAUUCCAGCACAAAAUGUGAUGUGAUGAUGGAAGAGAAGGUUGUGUAGCCUGAAGCAUAGCUACAAAGUGAUGGUGGACUUCAAUGGCACUUGCUAGUUGAUAUACCCUCAAAAGUUCUCAUAGCAGGUAAAUGCUUUGAUUAUAUAAAAUUAACAUUUAUUUAUCUAUUAUUAUUAAUCUUCUAUCAUUUCUGUGUGGAGUGGAUCAUUUAAGAUGCAUAAACCUUUAAAAUGUGGAAGACAAAAGUAUAAAAUUAAACAGAAUGGCAUGAAGCAUCAAAAUGAAAGUACUGUACACCCACAAAAACACACCAUUUCAUAUCCUCAUCUAGGAUAUACUACAUUACCUUCACAUGUAUUUGCAAUACUUCAUAUCAAUUCUCUAUAAAUUGUAUAAGUAUUUGUCAGGUACGUCUAAGCUAACACAAAAAUAUAAUUUUCAAUCAGAUAAGUUUUCGCCAUAGGUCACAUAUUUAUUCCAUUGUCAAACAUAGAUGUGAUGAAUACUUUCAUUAUGUCACUGCAUUAGAUCACUGCUGAAAUGAUCCGUUUAGGUACAUGAUCAAUGCAGUGAUUGGAGGAUUUGAAUUGAAAUACAGUAUAUAAAUAGAACAGGUCAUACAUACUGUAUACAUGGUUAUUCCAAUGAUGGCAAAGACUCUUGGUUCUACAUCAUGUCAAAUGAAAUAAUUGUAUAGUACAGUAUUUAAAAAAUUAAAUGUUAAGUCUGAUUUCAUUUAAAUAGUGCAAAGGCUAACCCAUGCAAACGUGGAAAAUGGCUGUAAAAUGGUGAUGAUGAUAAUUGUUAGUGCCAUAUUUAAGUCUUUCAGAGAUUCUAAGGAUUUCUAAAUAAAAUACAGAUGGACCUCCGAGACCCUGAGUUCUGAAGUUUUAAAACUCUACAAUUCAAAUGAUUUAUGGUCAAGACACAAGACCUUAAAUUUCAAUACUCAUAUCCUCCAAAAUUCGGUAAUUUCUUUAUGUAAAUAUCAUAAGACAGUAAAUCAAAUAUACAGUACAGUGCACUCAUCUUUCAUUUUGCUUAUUUUUAUAAUUUUUUGUACAUUGUUUAUUUGAAGUUAAAUGUUGCAUGUAUUCAUGUUAUACUGUACUUACCGGUAUAUUUUAUACACUUUAUACAUAACUUGUUUGCUUAAUUCAAUUUGAAAAAAAAAAUAAUUAAAUUAUUAAAAAAAAAUGGAAAGGGUCGUCACAAGUCGAUCUGAAUUUUAGAAGUCUUUGCUCUAAUUAGAAUGUUUACCAAGGACUCCAUGACUCAUUUGUUAGCAUCCUGGACUCCUGACCCUUGAUACAAGGGUUCAGUUGUGUGAUUAGACAGGGUUGUUAUUAAUCCUGUUAUGGUAGGUUCCACCAGUCACAUCACUGUCUCACCAUGGGGUAAAGACCCCACAAAUGGCAAACAGGAUGUUAGUUUUAUACUUAAUAGCUAUGUAGUACAGUCCAUUCUCCUAUAACGCGUUAUAUAAAAAUUGAAUUGUAAUAGCGCAAUAGAAAACAUAAAGGUGAAGGAGGGUGGGGAACAAAAAUUAUGAAAUAAUUCUUAGUGGAUUAUGACUCUCUUAAAUGCUUUUAAUGAUAAAACCUUUUUAAGUUAAAACUUUUUGACCAUAAGAAAUGAAAAGAAACUUAUAAAACAUUUUAAGACUCAACACAAGAAAAGAAGGUUGAGAAUAGUAGUGGAAUCAGUCUGACGACGGAGUUUUUGUUCAAAAGUAAUGGCUUUGCUUUUAUCUCAUUUCACUUUCACUACCAGAAUGCUUCACACCCUUGCCACUCAUCAAAAUUAGUAGCAAUAAAGUUGAUGGAAAGGUAAAGUACAUCUGCAAUAACAACUGUGAUGCAUAUGGAAGAUAAACAAAGACUGAAGUGCAUGGGCAGUAUCCCGAGGCAGCUGUGUAACCACUUAUUCCUACACAGCUACAUUUACUCGAUCGAUACAGGAAUACCCCGCUUUUCACAACUCUGUUUAUUCGGAAAUAUCUGUAUAAUUUUAAUACCCCUAUUCGAUAUUCGCAAAGUGAACCCCACUUAUUCGCAAAGAAAAAUUACAACACACUCCAAUAAUAUUUCAAUCCAUGCGGGCUAGUCGUAGCUCCUAUAUUCUGCUCAAGCUGUGUGAGUACAGCGAUUAGUGAUGUGUUUUUGUUGUGUAUUCAUAUGCAGGGCCACGAGAGCAUCUGUUUUGAUCUAUUGCAUUGUGUGGUAGUGUACUGUAUUGCAAGAAUUAUUCGUAAUACCUCCCAAGCGCCUAUCUUCCGCUUCUGCUGCGAAGAGGCCUCGUGUGUCUGUGACCUUGGAUGUUAAAUUAGACAACAUAAAGCAUCAUGGGAAAGGUGAGGGCAUGAGUCAAAUUGGACGUGUGCCAGGGUUAGCCCAUUUGACCAUGCAUUCCAUUGUGAAAAGUGCUCCUAAAAUUAAGGAGAUGGCUCGAUCUGCCUUGCCCGAGUGUACCUGUACAGUAUGUCAAAAGCUGUGGUGAAAGUUGCUGGCUGGGAAUGCAUUCCCCCUAUUUAUAUUAACUAUUAUGGGGAAAAUUGCCCUAAUAUUCAUAAACUUGUUAUUUGCAAUUACCUCUAAGAAUGCAUCCUUUGAGUUAACCAGGUUAUUCCUGUAUGUAAUUCACAUCUGCGUUGUAAAAAAUGGUUUCGCGAAUACAUUCAUUGCAUUAUUCCUAAACCACGUUAUAAAAACACGCGUUAUAGGAGAACAGACUUAUACUGUAUGUAUAUAUUUAUUAUACUGAAGCAUAUCAAAUGCUCAUGUAAUCAUUUUAUACAAAGUAAAUGGUACAUUACUCAUUUAUGUAUAAAAAAAAUAAUCUUAAGGGAGAGAUAUCUAGUUUUUACAUUUAAAAAAUCCUUUAACAUUCUGUAUUGUGAAAAAAAAAAAAUCAAGACAUUGUCAUUGAGACAGUGUUUCUUUCAAACACUACUAGUUAAACACUUGUUAUUUGGUAACAUGAGCACCAAUAAAUUCUCAGCUUAAAUUUGUCUUAUAGUUAAUGACAGAACUUAAGAGAACUUUUACAAGAUUUAAAAGUGACCUCUUAAGAUUUUUUACUAUGUAAUACAGUAUAAAUCAUAAUAAGUGUGAAUGAUGGUAUGAAGAGUAUAAAUAUUCAACACAGGAAGAUAAAGAGAUACCAAAAUGAACCAAUGCAAUUGUAAUAUUCCUAAGUCUACUGUAUGAAUAAAUUUUAUAUAUUUAUUAUUUUAUAAGGUUUGCAGAUAAUUGGAGAGACUAAAUGUUAAGCGUUUAGUGUAAGGAACUUCAUAAAUAUCUCUACUGUACAAACAGUCCCCGAGUUAUGACCGUCCGCUUUACAAUUAUCCGCAUUUACGAACAGGGGGAACCCAAUACAUUCAUCGCAAAAAUUUGUAAUCAAAAUCCCAUUUUUUACAUUAUUUUCAUUAUUGUAUAUUGUUUAAUAUCACUUUAUUUACAGUAUUUACAUUAUUUGUUAUGUAAGGGAUAUUACUGGUUUUUUGUAUGGGCAGGGUUGUGCUUUAACCGAGCUAAAACUAUAGAAUUAACAUUAUUCUGACUUGCGAACAAAUCGACUUACGAUCAGGGUCCAGGAACGUAUCCCUGUCGUAUGCCGGGGACUGCUUGUACAGGUACAGUACGCCCGGAUAAUACGGAGAUUUUUAUUUUGCGGUCCUCUAUUAUUUGCGGAUGACACCCUGGAUGUACUCAAGAAUGUCUAAGGGUAGUUUUAAAGUUGCUGGCAUUUUCGCGGCCAUGACAGGGAGCUAUUCGUUCUAGAGACAGUAAUUUCCUAUACCUGUAUUGUAUAUAUGUGUGAGUGUGUGUGUGUAGAUACACACACACACGCACAAAACACAUGCAAAUAAAUAAUAAUGGGAGAAUCCUCUUACAAAUAAUCAGCAAUUUUUUUAUUAAAAUGUGAAGUUUAACCUCAAGUCCACUCCGUGCUUUAUUAAUAACAAAGCACAGAGUGGGUUUGAGGGUAUUCGACUUUUUUAUUUAAAUUUUUUUUUAUUAAUUAU